AUAACCCAACACUAAUUUCUUCGUCAAUAUGUCAUCUUUCGGCUUUUAUUCGCGAAAAGUUUAGUUGCAGAGCACCGUAAUAUUUAAAUUUUUUGCUCUGGGCAGUGCUAAAUCGCAGCUAUUCGCCCGUCUAAAAAACAACAACAACUCGGGACAUUAGUUUAACGCUCACGCGUCUGCUGCAACGGCUCUCCGAAGGCCCUGAAAAUUGUAAAAUAUUUGCGGUUGUACGGAGACGGACGCGGUGCCGAUUUGCCAAAAAAAAAAAAGAAAAGUGGAGUGGAAAAGACAAAGCAUACCGGGCCCCAUAUAUACAUAAGAAUCGUGUAUUUAGUAUUUAAGAAUAAAGUUGUUUGCUUUUACCACAGGCCUACUGUUCUGUCCGGCAAUUAGUGCACAGUGCUGCAACGAUAAAGAUAUGAGCUCAAAUAUAUUUCAAACGACAGCGGAGAAUGGACUGCGACAUGAUAAAAUUGUUAUACUCGAUGCUGGCGCACAGUAUGGCAAGGUCAUAGAUCGCAAAGUGCGUGAACUUUUGGUAGAAUCGGACAUUCUGCCAUUGGAUACGCCAGCAUCAACGAUACGUGAUAACGGAUAUCGUGGCAUCAUCAUAUCUGGCGGACCGAAUUCAGUUUAUGCCGAGGAUGCGCCCACAUAUGAUCCCGAUCUUUUCAAGCUGAAAAUACCAAUGCUAGGCAUCUGCUAUGGCAUGCAAUUAAUCAACAAAGAAUUUGGUGGCACGGUCCUCAAGACUGACAUCCGGGAAGAUGGACAGCAGAAUAUUGAGAUUGAAACGUCAUGUCCGUUGUUUAGUCGCCUUAGCCGCACACAGUCGGUAUUACUCACCCAUGGCGAUAGCGUGGACCGAGUGGGAGAGAAACUGAAAGUGGGCGGCUGGUCAACGAAUAGAAUUGUAACUGCUAUUUAUAAUGAAAUGUUACGAAUCUAUGGCGUGCAAUUUCAUCCGGAAGUCGAUCUAACCAUCAAUGGCAAACAGAUACUCUCCAAUUUUCUCUAUGAGAUUUGCCAAAUAACGGCUAACUUCACCAUGCGCAAUCGAAAGGAGGAUUGCAUACGAUAUAUUCGUGAUAAAGUGGGAAACAAUAAGGUCUUGCUGCUGGUCAGUGGCGGCGUCGACUCGACUGUAUGUGCAGCCUUGCUCCGAUGUGCUGUGCAUCCCAGUCAGAUAAUUGCAGUGCAUGUGGAUAAUGGUUUCAUGCGAAAGAACGAAAGCGAAAAGGUGGAGCGUUCGCUGCGAGAGAUUGGCAUUGAUUUGAUAGUGCGAAAGGAAGGCUACACGUUCCUCAAGGGUACCACGCAAGUGAAGAGGCCCGGACAAUAUUCGGUGGUUGAGACACCGAUGUUAUGCCAGACCUACAAUCCGGAGGAAAAGCGUAAAAUAAUCGGUGAUAUAUUCGUCAAGGUGACCAACGAUGUGGUCGCCGAGCUAAAGCUUAAGCCCGAGGAGGUGAUGCUGGCGCAAGGAACAUUGCGGCCCGAUCUAAUUGAGUCCGCCUCCAAUAUGGUCAGCAAAAAUGCCGAAGCCAUCAAGACGCAUCACAAUGACACGGAUCUGAUUCGUGAGCUGCGCAGUGCUGGACGCGUUGUAGAACCAUUAUGUGACUUCCACAAGGAUGAGGUGCGCGAUCUGGGCAAUGAUCUUGGUCUGCCAGCGGAUUUGGUCGAGCGACAGCCGUUCCCAGGACCUGGCCUUGCCAUUCGCGUACUGUGCGCCGAGGAGGCGUACAUGGAAAAGGACUACUCCGAGACACAGGUCAUUGUGCGAGUUAUUGUGGACUACAAAAAUAAGCUGCAUAAGAAUCAUGCGCUUAUUAAUCGCGUAACCGGCGCCACCAGCGAAGCUGAGCAAAAGGAGCUACUCCGCAUCUCUGCCAAUUCGGAUAUUCAGGCAACACUGUUGCCUGUUCGCUCGGUGGGUGUGCAGGGCGAUAAGCGCACCUAUAGCUAUGUUGUGGGCUUGUCAACGACGAGCCACGAGCCCAACUGGUCGGAUCUUAUAUUUUUGGCCAAAAUUAUACCGCGCAUAUUGCAUAAUGUAAAUCGGGUCUGUUAUAUCUUUGGCGAGCCCGUGCAGUAUCUGGUUACGGAUAUAACGCACACAACCCUUAACACUGUGGUGCUGGCGCAGCUGCGGCAAGCGGAUGCCAUUGCCAAUGAGAUUAUUAUGCAAGCGGGACUGUACAGAAAAAUCUCACAAAUGCCUGUGGUUCUGAUACCCGUUCAUUUUGAUCGUGAUCCCAUUAAUCGCACGCCUUCCUGUAGAAGAUCUGUGGUGCUGCGUCCAUUCAUAACGAACGAUUUUAUGACUGGAGUGCCAGCUGUACCCGGUUCCGUUCAACUGCCAUUGCAAGUUCUAAAUCAAAUUGUGCGCGAUAUAUCCAAAUUGGAUGGAAUCUCGAGGGUAUUGUACGACUUGACAGCCAAGCCGCCCGGCACUACUGAGUGGGAAUGAUGCGUUCAAACCAAAACUUUCAACAGCCAUUUCAUAGAAAUAGAAAUAUGUAGAAACAAUAAACUACUGCUUGGUAAACAAUACAGAGACGCGUGGGAAAAUAGCAGAUGCCGCUGCCGCUGCUGCUCAUCCAAACCAGGAACAGCCGACAGCUAUUGUGCUAAACUGAGAGGAACUAAGCGAAAAUACAAUUAGAGUGCCGCUUUAAAAUCAACCAACAAAAUAACAAAAACAAUUCAGGUUUAUAAUAUCGAUUAUUGUGUGUAAACAAACAAACAAACAAAUCAGAGAAAUAACACCACAAAGCAAAUUAUUGCUGUAUAAUAUUAAACAUAAAACAUGUUCUAUUAGACGUGUUCAAUUUGUUCCUUUUAUAAAAAGGAAACUACAA